AUGCCUCGUACUCCUAUCAAGUUUGUGCACAAGGUCGAGGAAAAUCGCGAUCUGAUGGAGGCGCUGACAGUCGGAUUGACCAACUCCACGUAUGACUGCAUGGUCUGCUGGGAUGUCAUCCGCCCUGCCCACAAGAUUUGGAAUUGUCAGGUUUGCUGGGCUGCCUUCCAUCUCGACUGCCUCUCGACCUGGGCCAAAAAGUCGUCUGAAGGUUCUAAUAACUCAAGAGCAGGCUGGAGAUGUCCGGGAUGCCAGAACACGCAAGUGUUUAUUCCCGAGGAGUACAAUUGCUUUUGCGGCAAGAACCACGAGCCUGAAUUCAAUCGAUACUUCACACCCCACUCUUGUGGAGAGCUUUGCGGACGCUCCAGAGACUGCUCUCACUCGUGUAGCAUCCCUUGCCAUCCUGGUCCAUGUCCUCCAUGCGGCGGCCUCGGCCCGAUUCAAUCUUGCUACUGCGGUAACAAGACCUUCCAGUUGCGCUGCGUCAACACCGACUUUUCAUUCCAGACCGGCAAGUCCUGCGAUCAGGCCUGCGGAGAAUUGUUGGGAUGUGGCCAGCACAUAUGCAGUUCCGUCUGCCAUCCUGGAUUAUGCUCGCCUUGUGAGGAAGAGCAGAUACAAAGAUGCUAUUGCGGCAAACAUGAGCGCAAAGUACGCUGCGGCGAGGGAGAAUCACGAACAACGCUUAUUGACGGGGUAGAGGCAACAGGAUUUUAUGAGUGCAAGGACAGUUGCCAUAGACCUCUCGCUUGUGGUUACCACGAGUGCACAAAGCCGUGUCAUUCAAUGGACAAAGAAGCGGGGAAGUGUCCAAGUAGACCCGAGGUCGUCAAGACUUGCCCGUGCGGGUCCAGGACCAUCGAGGCGCUACUCAUGGGUAAAUCGCGGAAAAUUUGCACGGAUCCGGUUCCAGUAUGCGACGGGACGUGCAAGAAGACUCUGAAGUGUGGUCAUCAAUGCAUGCAAAAGUGCCAUCUUGAAGUAUGUGGACCAUGCAUGUCAACGAUCAUAGUCGACUGUCGCUGCGAAUCCACGCAUUUUCAACGUAUUUGUUCCGAGAUGAAUCUCUAUGGCAACAAGCAGCCCACAUGCGAGAAGCCGUGUCGAGGCCUUCGAUCCUGUGGCAAGCACCAGUGCACGAACCGAUGCUGUCCUGCAAAGAAUCAACCUAAAGGUGCCAGGAUGGAUACUGCUACCCCUGAGGCCCAUGCCUGCACACUGAUCUGCGGAAAGAAACUACAGUGCGGCGUGCACGCUUGUGAAAUGCUCUGUCAUAAAGGACAUUGCAAUCCCUGCUUGAACGCAUCGUUUGACGAGCUCUCAUGCAGCUGUGGAAGGACCGUUUUAUAUCCGCCGAUCGCUUGUGGCACGCCUAUCCCCAAAUGCAAGUACUUUUGCAGCCGGGAACGUUCCUGCGGCCAUGCAUCUUUAACAGGCCACCCUUGUCAUCCAGACAAUGAACCCUGCCCACUAUGCACUAUACUUGUUGCUAAGCAAUGCGCGUGCGAAAAGUCCCUUAUGCCCAAUGUACCCUGCUACAUGACUCAUCCCACCUGCGGAAAGGCUUGCGGCAAGAUAUUGGGCUGUGGUCAGCACAAGUGCAUCAGGUCCUGCCAUUCGGGCGAGUGCACGCCCCCACCCGUCGGAACAUGUUCUCAGCAGUGUUCCAACUUUCGCAAGAGCUGUAGGCAUCGCUGUGUUCUUGCUUGCCACGGUCAAGAACCUUGUCCUGAGGACAAUCCUUGUCAGGAUUUGGUUGUUUGGAGCUGCAAAUGUGGGAACUUGACCAAGGUUGUCGCCUGCCACGCUACGGCCGAGAAUCCCUGGGAUGGAAAGCCGAGGGUUAUUAGGUGCAACGACUUCUGCUUGACAGCAGAGCGUAACAAGCGGCUUGCUCUGGCACUUGACAUCGAUGAUGGUAUCAACCGACCUCGUAUUCCUCAGUACGACGACUAUGUUCUCGAUUAUGCCUUCGUCAACAUGGAGUUCACGCUGAAAAUAGAAAAGCGACUCGCUGACUGGAUAACCGACUCGUCCUCGCAGGCCCUCAACCUCCCACCCAUGAAGGGUCAUCACCGCAAGUUUGUCCACGAGCUGGCGGGUCACUACAACGUAACCUCGGAGAGCGUAGACGUCGAGCCAUAUCGCAACGUGAUCAUCCACAGAAAACUCAACACCUCUGCGCCGGCCCUCCUAGCAUCACAAGCCUGUCGCCAGAAACGAUCUGUUAGUACCGGCGCGAGCGCAAUUAGUAGUGGUGUCGGGCAGCUCCGAAAGUCGAGCGUCAAUGAUCCCGUCAAUGCAAUUUACCUGUACGACCUAGUCUUUGGGCUGACUCGAAAUGAGCUAGCUGCCCAGCUGGCGCCUAUUUUUGGCAACAUCAAGUAUAGUAUUCGAUGGCUGACGGACGACGAUGCUGCCCUGGUACCCCAUCCAGGCAACAUGACUAUGAAGGAGUUCGAGGUCGUCUUGGCCCAUCUGCGCACUAGAAUCAGAUCUCUGGCAGUGAACGUUCAUAUCUGUGAGCGGGUCGAGUUAUGCUGGGUUAACAAGGAAGGCGAGGUGGUCAUUCUUAGCAACGUCGGUGGCCCUCAUUCCAAACGACUCUUUGACGCUGCUCAAAAAAAUCAAUGGUUGAAGACGCCAACGCCUGCCAAGGUUGAGAACGCAUUCGCGUUGCUGGAUGACGAUGAGAGGAUCGCUGCUGCAAAGAGGGCUGAGGAAGAACAGACCUUGAAGGCUAAGGAGACUGCGGGAACGCUCAGCUUGGAAGCAUGGGAGGAGGACGAGACGAACGAUUUGUUUUCGGGUAACAUGUGCAGACACUCUCGGCCAUCCUCUGCUCAAGACGCAUAUCUUUCAGAAAAUCCCCUAUCUUCGUCAGAGUCGCUGUCGCUUCCACGGGGCACUAUCACCGCAAAGGCUGCCGUUAAUGUGGACCAAAACGUAGUAGACGAUUGGCAAGAGUUGCUAGACGAUGAUAACGAAGACCAAUAG